UCUAUGGUUUUAAACAUGGAGUCGUUUAUUUCUCUCCCAGUAGUCCUAGAUAUGGAUUCUACUGCAGAAACAAAUUCUUCUAUUUCUUUAACAUUUUUCACAUAAAAUGAAUCUGAAAAUUCUCUCCAUGGCCGAACUCCUGUUUAAGAACUUCCAAUAUUCGUUUGAGAAGCAUAAUUAAAGUAAUAGGAUUUGCUGUUGCCGCGAGUGAUGGUAGAGUCUGACUCAGACUACUCUACUCAGUCUACUGCGUUGAGCAAGAGCUUAGACUUAGAGUGGAGGCUUAGAAUUUAGAAGUUGAUUAGUUGAACCUGUUCUUUUAGACGUCACUGACUAAGAAUGUCUGUCUCGAGUGAAACAUUUUUCAUGAAGAUAGGUUUCUUUUCAUACCAUAAAUCAUUCAAAUAUUCAAAAGUCGAAUCCGUGUUCACAAGAGAUUUGUCGUUUGUUCUCUAUUUCACUAUUCUAUACUUUCUGCAUAUCUUAUCUGUAUUGCCAGUAAUGAUCAGUCACUGUGGUCCACAUUUCAACAAGCAAAAUCAACCCCAAAAAAAAGAAAAAUUUGGCGCUUUCUAGACUAUGCCUAAACUAAUCUUGAAAAUAAACUAGAAGUCAGAAUAAAAAUUCAAGAUGCAGUUUUGUCCUAAUAAUACAGAAUGGUCACUUGUAUGGAGACAUAACGGCUUCAACAGAUGUUUUUUUGAGUCUUCCAGUUCAGUUAUUUUGGCAGCAGUUGUACUUUUGGGUGGUUCCAUUCAGUUUUAUGUAUAUAACAAGUUAGGUAUUGCUACCGAUAGUAACAAUGUGCCUCGAGCCUGGACUCAUUUUAUUAAGGUCUUAUGUACAGUUUUAUUGAUGCUUGAGGCUCUGUUACACCUUGUACUCAGUGAUGUCUAUCUAACUGAUAAAAAUCUUUUAGGAUAUCAAGUUCUUGUAGCCUGCACAUUAAUCUCAUCCUACGUUAUGUCACUUAUAUUGUUAAGCAUGGAAAAACGCAGUAUGUUACCAAGCUUUGAUACCAGAGGUCAAGGCCUUGUUCUUAUAUUGUUUUGGGCAUUGUUGUUUGUGAGGGAGAAUCUGAUGUUUGUCUCAUGGGGAAGUCCUGAAUGGUGGUGGCAUUUAAAUAACUCCUCAGAUUUAGCUGAAUUUGGGUUGUUUGUUGCUCGAUACUUACUUAUUAUGACCUUGCUGCUGCUUGGUGUGUUGAAACCAAAACCAUCCCCAUAUGUACCUUUAGAUGAAGAGACAGGCAACUCAUCAGCCAACAAAUCAACAUGGGACAACACUUUGGGCAAAAUAAAAAUGAUGUUUCCAUAUGUUUGGCCCAAGCAGAGUAUCUGGCUACAGAUUACAGUUGGUAUCUGCUUGAUAUUGCUUGUGUUAGGACGUGUCAUCAAUGUUUUUGUUCCAAUUUAUAGUAAAAAUAUAGUCAACAGUUUGACAUACGAACAAGGUGUAACCCAAGGCAGUCUAGAAUUCAGAUGGGAUUACAUUUUGACCUAUGUCUGCCUUAUUUUUCUCAAGGGAGGAACAGGUACAUCUGGUUUAGUCAGUAAUUUGAACAGUUUACUGUGGAUAAAAGUACAGCAAUAUUCCACUAGAACAAUCCAGAUGAAGCUAUUCACACACUUGCACAACCUAUCCCUACGAUGGCAUUUAGGUAGAAAAACAGGAGAAAUGUUACGAGUGGUAGACAGAGGUACCAACAGCAUCAACACUUUACUUAGCUACAUAUUGUUCCAAGUUCUUCCUACCAUUGCAGACAUUGUCAUUGCCAUCAUCUACUUCAUAACAGCCUUCAACUAUUUAUUUGGGAUCAUUGUCUUUGUCAGCAUGGCUCUCUAUCUAACUGCAACUGUACAAGCCACUGAAUGGAGAACAAAGUUUAGGCGAUUAAGAAACCAAAAGGAUAAUGAAGCCAAUGCCAAAGCUGUAGACUCAUUGCUAAACUUUGAGACAGUCAAGUAUUAUGCUGCCACUGAAUGGGAAAAAAAUCGCUAUCAGACUGCCAUAGUAGAGUAUCAGCUUGCAGAAUGGAAGUUUAAUGCUAUUUUUAAUUUACUGAGUCUUAUUCAAAAUGUCAUUAACACUGUGGGCUUGGCAUCUGGGUCACUUCUUUGCGCCUGGGCAGUGACUAAUGGGGUCAGUGACCUACAGUUGAAUGUCGGUGACUAUGUCUUGUUUGGAACUUACUUAUCGCAGCUUUAUGGACCACUGAAUUCAUUAGGCAAUACUUAUAGGAUGAUCCAGCAGGCUUUCAUUGACAUGGAGAAUAUGUUUGACCUGCUAGAGCAGGGAUUGGAGGUGAAAGAUGUUCCAGGUGCACCAGAACUAUUUGUGAAAGGCGGAGAAAUAGAAUUUAAAAAUGUGACUUUUAGCUAUGAACCAGAGAAACAAAUUUUAAAAGGUGUUAGUUUUAAAGUUCCAGCAGGACAGACUUAUGCUUUGGUAGGACAUACUGGCAGUGGAAAAAGCACAAUCGUUCGUUUGCUAUUUAGAUUUUAUGACGUUGAUGCAGGAUCUAUUAUCAUUGAUGGCCAAGACAUAUCUCAGGUUACACAAACAUCUUUACGAAGUCAUAUAGGAGUUGUGCCACAAGAUACAGUUUUGUUUAACAGUGAUAUUAGAUACAACAUUCGCUACGGGAAACUGACUGCAAUGGAUGAAGAGGUGGAGGAUGCUGCCAAAGCUGCAGAGAUUCAUGAAAGAAUUUUAACAUUUCCUAAAAAGUAUGAUACAAUAGUUGGUGAACGAGGCCUUCGGCUCAGUGGAGGAGAAAAACAAAGAGUAGCCAUUGCUAGGACACUUCUGAAAGCACCGGCGAUUGUACUUUUAGAUGAGGCCACAUCAGCCCUUGAUACAAAAACUGAGCGCAGUAUUCAGUCGUCUUUGUCAAGGGUAUGUGAGAACAGAACCACAAUCAUAGUGGCUCAUCGGUUGUCAACAAUCAUCCACGCUCACCAAAUUAUUGUAUUGAAUGAGGGGCAAAUAUUAGAAAUGGGCACACAUGCUGAUCUUCUAGCAAAGGAUGGGUAUUAUGCUGAUAUGUGGAAGCAGCAGUUAAUCAAACAGGAAGAAGAAACUAGUGUAGCAACUAAUGAAACGAACCCUGAAAAGGAAGGAAAAGGUGGAAGAACACGGAAACACUAAUUUAUAGAAUUAUUUUUUGAACUAGAUAAAAAGCCGUGCAAUCUAUUUAUAGCUCUAAUAUGUUAAUGAAAUUUAUUUUUUUAUUUUCACACUGCAUAUAUUUUUCAAAUGAAAUGAUGGCCCAUUGAAAAAUAUAGAAAGUCUAGAAAAUACAAAAGAUAUGUCAAAAUUCCAUGUCAUUUAAAUUUGACAUUAAAAAAUUGUGUAAGCUUAUUGCAAAAAUUGUGUAAGCUUAUUGCUUAAACUAAUGAUGAAAUUAACAGUAUGUAACUUAUAACAGCAUCUCUAGGGUACAUUUUUAUUGAGAGAACAUGGUGAAAGAAAAUAUGUGGAAACAAAGGCAUGCCAGGACUUAAAACACAGACUUCCUAGCAGCAACACAGCUACCAAGUUUAGUAACUGUCAAUUCUGUUUUAAUUGUAAAUGAUAAGCAAGUGUGGAUGAAUGUGGGCGUGCUUCCAGGGGUCAUGUGACAGUUCCAGUAAACUCUACCAAUACUUAUUUUAAAGAUUCUUUUGGGGAAUCUAGAUUCAUGUCAAAUAUUAAUUAAGCUCUUGUGUUGCAGUGAGGUAGUAAUCUACCUUGUUACCAAGUUGCAUUCUGUGGUUGAUGUCCAUGGUCUCUCAAUAAAAAUUAUGUUGCCUUGAAAUGUUACAAGUUCUGCUGAUUUCAGUUCAAUUUAAAAUUAUAAAAAGACAUGCCAAAAUGAAGCUUUGAUAUAAAAAUUUAUUUGUAAAAUUAGAUGAGGUCUCUUGAAGUAGUUUCUAAUAAAAAUGAGAAGAAGAAAAAGUUGCUAUUUAAAAAAAAAUGAUUUAUUUCUAUCUAUUGAAUAUUUCAUAUUAAGAAGAUCAAAAAUAAACAUAUUUUAGAAUGUAAUUAAUCUAAAUAUUAAAACCAUAUAAAUCAACUUUUCACUAUUGUGCUCAUAAGUGGAAAUAAUUUUUCUGACAUCUGUACAGAUCCAUGGAUCAUCAUCAGAUACUAAACUUUAAUAAUUAUAUUGUUCUAAAGGGAUUUAUUUUUGAACUGCUGGCCUACUGGUACUGAAUGUUAACAAAACUUCACAAUAUUUAGAAAUUGUAUUUCAUCACGACUAAUCUGUAGCUAUCGAAGGCUGAACUUUGCAGCCUCUUUUGAGUUGAACAUCAAACAGAAUUUACAAAAAUACUUACCCAAUUAAAAAUAAAACGAACUGCCAUCAUGUUAUAAAAAUGUUUGUAUACGCUGUCUAGCGUAUAUUUUAUUUUCUAUAUAAUGACUCAAUCAAUUUUUAUAUUCUAUACAUUUUAGUCUAUGUUGCUUUGUACAUAAAAAGAGAGAAAUAAACGAGAAAUGUUGA